AUGUUUAACGUCACCAUAUUUAUAAUCCAAGGUUUUUCAUUUACUCCAGGACUCAAACUUCCAAUUUUUGUUGCAUUCCUGAUCAUCUACCUUACUAUUAUUUUCGGCAACACAACUAUUUUCGCUGUUAUUGCGCUGGAUUCUCACUUACAUGUUCCAAUGUAUGUUUUUCUGAGUAACCUCUCAUUCCUCGACAUUUUGUACAGUUCUACUAUUCUACCGAAACUCUUGGUGAUAAUAGCGACGCAAAACAAGGCCAUAGCCUUUACGGGAUGCAUGGUUCAGAUGUAUUUCUUCAUGGCUUUGGCUUGCACUGAGUUUCUUCUCCUGGCCGUGAUGGCUUACGAUCGUUAUGUGGCCGUAUGCCACCCCCUUCAUUACUUUGCAUACAUGAGCCUAAAGCAUUGUGUUAUCUUCGCAUCUCUGGCAUGGGCUAUUGGAUUACUGGAUCCAAUUUUACACACCGUCCUCAUAGCAAACCUGAAUUUUUGCCUAGCCAACCGCAUUGACCAUUUCUUCUGUGAUGUAGCUCCAUUGCUCAAGCUAACCUGCAGUGAAACCACAAAUAUAGAGUUGUUGAACUACAUUGAAGGGUCACUCCUAAGCUUUAGCGCGUUCAUCCUAACAUUGGUCUCCUACAUCUUUAUUAUAUCUUCGAUCUUGAAAAUCAGUUCUACGAAUGGGCGUCAGAAAGCUUUCUCCACCUGCUCUUCCCACUUGACCUGCGUUGUUAUUUUUUAUGGGACGAUCAUUUGCUUGUACAUGAGGCCAUCUUCGAGCUAUUCUCCUAAGCGAGACAAGUUCUUUGCCCUUCUGUAUGUUGCGUUAAUCCCUUUGCUGAAUCCUUUUAUUUACACGCUGAAGAAUACAGAGUUCAAACAAGCCAUGGAAAAUAUUUGGAGUAAAGCCAGCCUCAUUGUACUGUAA